UCGCGUUUUUUGCGGGACAUUUCAAACCUCAUUCCGGAAAUUUUACCUCCCUUUGACGGAAUUGACUAAAAAUGGCGGAUAUACAGCAAGCGAACAAAAAGUGCAAAUCGAAAAAAAAAUCAAUAAAUUCAGUAGAUGAGUCUGAAGAAUCAAGUGAUGAUAGUAGCUCAGACAAUAGCAACAGGCCAUCAGAAGAGGAAUCAAGUUCCUCUUCAUCAUCAACUGGUAAUUCAGAUGCAAAGAAAACCAGUGUAAUGGAAAAAAAUAGAGAUGGAAGGAGGGGGUUAAAGAGAGACAAAGGUGAAGAUAGAGAAGCGUCAAGUGAGAGUUCGAGUGAGGAGGAAGAGGGGGAGACUAGACAUGUAAAAAAUACAGCAAAAGAUAAACAAAAGUCCAAAGAAUCUGCUGAUAGAUAUAAAAAUAAAGAGAUUUCUGAUCACAGAAAGAAAAGGAGAAGGAAAGAUAGCUCAGAUCAUUCAAAUGAGGAAAAAAGACGAAAAAGUGAUGUAAGGAAAAGCCAUGAGAGAGAUGACACAGAUGAUAAAAGAAGGAACAAAGAUAGAUACAAUACCCAUCAUCAUCAAGAGGCAUCUGAGUUGUCUUCUAGAGAUCAGAACACCCAUGUAAAUAGAGAAAGGUACAGAAAGGAUGAAAGUUUUUAUGACCGAGAGAAAAAAGACCGGACUAGGCAUGUCAGUAGAGAAAGAUUUGAUCACAGAGAGAGACACCAAGAUGGUGAUUUUAGAGAGCCUAGGGGAAGAAAUAGGGAAAAAGAACGCGAAUAUAAUCAUGGUAAUGCUGAAGACAGAAGGAAAGAAACAAGACGGCAUGAUCAAAGAAGGCACAGAUCUGCAAACAAUCAAGAAGAUGACAGAAGAAGUGGAAAUGAUCAUAACGAGGCUAGAGAAGCGCAUGUUAGGGAGUGGGAUAGAGGCAAAGAACGUGACGAUAGAAGGGGUGAAAAAGGGGAAGGAAGAUCAAGAAACAAUAACGAAGGCGAAAGUGUGGAGUCGGGGAAUCCAGAGAGCCAAACCGAAAAGGAGGAACCAAACUUUGAACUGUCUGGCAAGCUGACGGAAUUCACAAACACCUAUAAAGGUGUGGUCAUAAAGUACAACGAGCCCCCUGAAGCAAGAAAGCCGAAAACAAGAUGGAGGUUCUAUCCUUUCAAAGGAGACCAAAGCUUGCCUGUCCUGCAUAUUCACCGCCAAAGUGCAUAUCUACUUGGCAGAAACAGAAUGAUUGCGGAUAUUCCGGUUGAUCAUCCCUCUUGUUCCAGUCAGCAUGCAGUGUUGCAAUAUCGACUUGUUGACUAUGAGCGCCCUGAUGGAUCAUUCGGAAGAAGAGUCAAGCCAUAUAUAAUAGACUUGGACUCUUCAAAUGGAACGUUUUUGAAUAACAACAAAAUUGAAGCAAGGCGCUAUUUCGAGUUAAAAGAGAAGGACGUGUUGAAAUUCGGAUUCAGCUCGCGGGAGUACGUCAUACUACAUGACCAAUCAAAAGAUGACGCCAAAGAGUCUGACGAUGAGAGUAUCGGCAAAUGAAUGCCUGUAAGUUAAAUGGAAAAAUCUUUCAUAUGCGAAUGUAUAGAGAACCAAUUCUGGGAUUUUCUAUGAAGUUGGGUGUAGCAUAGAAGCGUUUUGUUAAAAAAAUUUGCCUGAGGUAAAAAUCUGCUGUAUAGUUAUUUAUACUGGAUCAACAUCUUUCAAA